CAAAUAUAAGAUUUACAUUGGUCACGACUAGCACUGACCUGUAGAUCAUUGAGGAAAUUCACAGAUAUGAGGAUAGGCAUUCUUAUUUCUUUCGCGUGUUUUAUAACAAUAGGGACUGCUUGCCCGGUAGGUUGGACACCCUACAAAGAUUCCUGUUAUCAUGUGUCGCCUGAAAACGAAUCGUGGAUAAAUGCUAUGAAAAUGUGUGAGGUGCAUGGAUCCUAUCUAGCUGAUAUUUUGGAUGCAGAGGAAAACAGAUUUAUAGUUUCCUUGAUGCACCAUACUCAAAAUAUUACAUUGUACUCCUUUUGGAUUGGUGGGUCUGAUUGGACAGUUGAAGGUAAGUGGGUAUGGGAGCCCCUUGGAAUCAAAUUUAACUAUACCAACUUUGCCGAUGGAAGGCCUAACAACUACCAUGGUGAAAAUUGCCUGUCAAUUAGAGCGCAAAACCACCAAUGGGAUGACGAUGACUGUGACGAACAGCGCCGAUAUCUUUGCGAGAAAAGAUCAUUGGUUACCAGCAUCCUGGGAUAAUCAAUUGUCUAUCUCCUUCCUGUGUUGUAUAUGUUUACUUGAAAUGGAUCAGUUUGAUAUCGUUGGAUACUUUUUGUUAAUAAAACUAUAUUGUACAUUGUCA